GAACACUUUAUGCUGGGCUAUUGGGUCCAUUUCUGGAUCCAUGUUAGUAGAACAGGAAAACAGAUUUCUAGUGAUGGUUAUUCGCGAUUUGUUAAGUUUAUGUGAAGUCGUCAAGGGAAAAGACAAUAAAGCUGUUAUUGCGAGCAACAUCAUGUAUGUUGUUGGACAAUAUUCAAGAUUCUUAAGAGCCCAUUGGAAGUUUCUAAAGACAGUUGUCCAUAAGUUGUUUGAAUUUAUGCAUGAGACGCAUCCUGGUGUUCAGGUAAUUCUUCCCUUGUUCAAGUUGGAAUUAGAAUUUCUGUAGG